AUGCUGCUCUCGGCGCGCGCCGCUUCUGGUAACCCUGCACCGCAACUGGUGGUUCUUGACCUCGACUCGGGUGGUCCUUCGCUGCCGACGAUCAAGCUCGCUGCCAUGCUGCGGACGUCGAGUGCUGCACUCCCGCGGAACCAGCAUCAGCUCAUUGUCGCGCUAGGAGCGAACGAUGACUCACUCUCGCCCGACGCGGCGAGUUCCUUCGACGCCGUCGCCGCAUCGCCGCUCGAUCCGCCCACGGCACGCUCCCUCCUCCGCUACGCCAUCGCCGCCCAUGCCCUUUCAUCGCUUGAUGACCUCAUGGCGUUCUCGACCAUCAAAGAGCCGAUCAAUGUCCUUGUAGUCGACGAUAUGGAGAUCAAUCGCAUGGUUCUCUCGGCGCUCCUCGCCGAGCUCUCCAUCGACGUUGCCGAGGCUGCCAACGGCGACGAGAUGCUCGCCCACAUCCGUCGCAACUCCAGCUCACCUGACCUCGUCCUCCUCGACUGCCACAUGCCGGUCAAGGACGGCUUUACUGCAGCACGGGAGCUCCGCGACUCAGAGUCGGACUUGCCCGAGUCAAAGAGCUCCAUCCCAAUUUCAGCCGUCACCGCAGACUCGAACGCCACCGCCCGCGCCCUCGACGCUGGCAUGGACGUGUGCCUCUUCAAGCCAAUCACCUUGCAGACCGUCCGCGCGGUUGUCGCCUUUCUCGUCGAUCGCGCUCUGCCGCCCGAUACCAACCCGGCGCCUCUUCCGCCGCCGCUCAUUUCCGCUAUCAGCAACGCCGUCCACUCACUACCCCGUGUCUCGCAAGGCGAGCUCGACCCUUUGCUCGUUGCCCUUGUUCUUGCCCGCCAGCCGGCCGCCGCUGCCGCACUCCGCAUCGCCUGGGAGCUCGCCUGCUUGUGGCCACGCGCACCGCUCAUUGCAUCGCUGCUCAUCAAGCACAAGCUCAUCGUCCACACACCCUCGCCAUAGCCGCCCACGUCA